CCCCCCUCAGCUGUAGGUUCCCUCCCGGCAUGCAUUGCGCUGGUAGCGACGUGUUCUAUUGUCAUCAGGAUCCCGGCUGGAGGCUGCGGGCAGCGGAGGGAAACCGGGGCCGGUGCCGGAGGAGCGGGGCCCGCGGAGGAGGUCAUACAGUCGUGUGGAGCAUGUAGGUUCCAGCUUAUGAGAAGACGCCCUGAUCCACCCCAGAUUCUGCAGCGCAGGCGCCAAGAACGCAGAUCGAUACCCAAGACACCUCCAAGAUGAGCACAGUAGAGCCAGACGCAGCAGCGCAGGGGAACCCGCCCGCCACCACGGCGCCGGACGAUGGCAUGACAUGGUGGUACCGCUUGAUGUGUCGGCUCGCCGGGGUCCUCGGGGGCAUAUCCUGCGCCAUCGCCGGCCUGUGGAACUGCAUCACCAUCAACCCAUUGAACAUUGCAGCUGGAGUCUUCAUGAUGGUGAACGCGCUGGUCCUGUUCCUGUGUGAGGCGCCAUUCUGCUGCCAGUUCAUCGAGUUUGCAAAUGUGGUCGCGAGUAAAGUGGACAGGUUGAGGCCCUGGCAGAAGGCGUUCUUCUACUGCGGGAUGGCGCUGUUUCCCAUAUUUCUCAGCUUCGGAAUAACCACUCUUUUUGGCAACGCGAUCGCCUUUGCAACGGGAGUGCUGUACGGAUUAUCUGCCUUGGGGAAGAAGGGUGACGCUGUCGCUUACGCAAAACUCCAGCAGCAGAAGAAGCAGCCGGAUGAAGAGAAGCAGGCCGGGACCUAAGGAGCUCCGCACCACAACGUUCUUCUCUCAUUCACUUUUUAACUUUUUAACUUUUGAUUGAUUUUUGAUGUGCAUUUUAAAGACUAUAAACCUGGCGAGUCCCCGGCAGCGCAGCGGUGGUCGGAUACAAUGGGAGUCUUCCUGCGAGGGGUCGUCUUGUGCUGCGUUCGGUGGAACUCUGCCCUAAGGGUGAGGUUUGGUACAAUAAGGGGGGGGAAAGUCUGUUCUUUGUUUCAUGGAAACUUCAAUCCGUGGUUUUAUCUCAGUUUCUUCAGCAGAAUCUACAGCACAAUUUACCGGGUGCACGGGAGGGAAAGAGCGAAAUUGGCGAAUACUGGGAAGGGGGGUCUUCAGGAUUGUUUAAAGGGGCACUAACUGGGAAGUCUCCUCUCUUCUCCGAUCACUACUUAUAAUGCUCCACUAUACAAGCAACUAAAAGGGGUUAGCUGCCCCUUUUUAAAGGGAUUUUCCAUCUUGCACGUCUAUGCCCUAUCCCCAGUGUGAUUAGUGGGGUCUUCCCACUGAGACCAAGAUUCACCACACAUGUUAAAGGGGUUAUCCCAUCAACGCCAUUUAUCACCUAUUUGUAGGGUAGGUGGGAAAUGUAUGAUCCUUUGGGAUCUGACCGCUUGGAGCCCCCAAGAGAACGGGGGUCCCCUGUGUGCACAUGCCGGUCCAACGCUCCAGUCACAUAAAUGAGAAGUGAUUAGGGUGCCCCUUUUCUGGGGGUCUCAACACCUUUGUUGAUUUGGCAUAACAUUUUUAUAUGGACCCCCCCCCCCCCCCCCUUAAACCACCCUCGUAGUAUUGCUAUUAGUAGUCGCAGAGGGUUCCCAACCAUUGGAGCUCCAUCAGCACCCACCGUACCCCCCCCCCCCCCCCUCCCAAUUGCUGCGCCACAAAGUGCAUUGGAAUCUGCGUGUUACAUAGGCUGUAGGGAAUACGUGAAAUUUACAGUAGAAAUUACCACAACUAUUACAGUCACGUAGGUCAAAGAGGUCUUCACCGGGUUGGUCGCUGAGUUUCAAGCCCCUCGAUCCUCCCUAUGGACCGAAUGGACAUAAAGUCCUGGAAUUUAACUGGAAUUUACCUUCACACUUGAAAAAAAAACUCACCUCUGCUACAUGAUGGAGGAGCAGAGAGUUCGGUGACCGAACGGGUUGUUGUGUGGGUGCAACCAUGGAUUUUAAAGGGAUACUCUCCUUCAGCCACCUGGAUGGACACCGUAAAAAGUGACUAUGCCCCUUUUAGAAGUACCAGCAAUUUUACUUUGGACUAGUAGAAUGUACUUGAUGUAGCCGUUAAUUUACUGUUUACAUAGAGCGUAGAUUUCUGGAUCCUGUCGCACGAAGAAGUGAGCGUACUUCCAUUCGCAUCCGCCACGGGCAUGAUGGUUUUCUUAAAGGGGGUUCUCCUGAAAUCUCACACAUGUUUAAAAAAAAAAAAAAACUGUUUUCUAGGAGAGACAGCGCCACUCUUGCCCAGGGGCUGUAUCUGGUAUUGCAGCUCAGCCUCUUUCAAGGUCCAUUCAGACCCUUUCAUUUCAAUGGUGCAGAUAGCACAUCGUGUGCUGUCCACAUCCGUAGUUCCGUUCCGCGGCCCCGCAAAAAAAAAAAAAAAGAGAGCGUGUCCUAUUCUUGUCUGCAAUCACGGACAAGAAUAGGCAUUUCCUAACAUGGGGCCGGCCACCAUGUGCCGUCCACAAAAUUCAGAACGCACACGGCCGGUAUCCAUGUUCUGCGGACCGCAAAACUCUUACGGACGUCUGAAUGGACCCUAAGAGUGGUACUGUUUCUUAUGCAAACCUUUUAAAGGGGGUUUUCCAGGAGUUUAAUAUGGAUGGCCUCUCCUCGGGGUAGGUGAUCGGUGAGAGCUGCAGCUUACCAAGCACAGCACCGCACAUUAUAUAGUGGCUGUGCUCGGUAUUGCAGCUCAGGCCCUUUCACUUGAAUGGGACUGAGCUGCUCAUAGUCCAUGUGACUGAAGGAUGUGAUGUCACCAGAGCGCCACAGCCGAUCGGUGUCGGGAGUCGGAGCCCCACCGAUCAGAUAUUGAUGACCUAUCCUGAGGAUGCAUCAUAAUUAAAUUCCUAGAAAAACCCCUCUAAUGGAAACCGGCUAAACCUACACGUGCUCCGGGCAUAAUACACUGCAGCAGAUUUAUUUAGGCCAGAGUGCCAGAAUUCUGUCUCGUAAUGCUCCAAAAAACUGGCAUAAUUGCUGUAUGUUACAUUUAUUAACAGAUUUAUGCAUUUUUUUUUUUCUCUACUUUUCAAAUGUCUAGAAAAAAGGGGGCCUUGACAAGUCCUAAAACGGAGCGGUUUUUUGGUGCACCAUACUGGGCUAAAGUUAAGGUCAAGUAAAAAAAAAAGGCAAAAGAAUAACUUGCAGAUCCAUCAGGCCUGUACCUCCGAGAUCAGUUUAGGCUGUUAAAAUGAGUACAUCUGCCCCAAUGUAUAGGUUUUGCUCGGAGUGUUCCUUUAAAGUCUGUUAGUCCGGAAAUCCAACAUGGAACUAAAAUCAUGUCCUGAGUAGGAUUUUUACCUGAUGGUCCAGCAUUGCAUGACCAUAUAGGCCCAUGAAGGAGAGCAGUGUCGGUCAUCUCUCAAAGACCACAUCUUAAAGGGGUCCUCUGCUUCAGUAGUGUGAGGAGAAGCUGCCAACCAUGUAAUGUGUAGCCAUCUGAUGGCAGAUAAGGAUCGGGCAGUAGGAUUUCAACAUGCCCAAUCCUGUUGUCAAGGCAGAUCAAACGGCGCCUGGCAGCAGCUUCCACCCCUUUCUCUAUUUAAGGACAUCUGUCAGCAGUUUUGUACCUAUGACACUGGCUGACGUGUUACAUGUGGGCUUGGCAGCUGGAGGCUUCUGUGUUGGUCCCAUGUUCAUACGUGCCCGCAUUGCUGAGAAAUAAAAGGAUGUUUUAUAUAUAUAUGCAAAUGAGCCUCUAGGAGCAACGGGGGCGUUACCAUUACACCUAGAGGCUCUGCCCCUUCUGUACUCUGACAACGCCAGACAGAGAGAACCUCAUAACGACAGGCCCUGUCAAUCAAAUUGCAGCAGUUGCAGAGAGCAGAGCCUCUAGGUGUAACGGAAACGCCCCCGUUGCUCCUAGAGGCUCAUUUGCAUAUAGUAAAACAUCACUUUUCUCAGCA